AUGUAUAUUAUAAGUCCUAGAUUACAAUCAUGGGGUCUUGCAUGCUCCACGAACAGUAAAGUUUUGGAUAUGGCAAAGACACGUCGUGUAAUUUACCUUUUCCUUACUAUAGUACUCCUUUUCUGCGAACUCAUCGACGAGGCGCAAGGUAGCCGUUUUAGGUGUCAUCACUCAGAAGAUUAUUCAUGUAAGAAACGUUCAAGCCAUCACCAUCAUCAUCAUCAUCAUCAUCAGCAGCAGCAGCACCAUCACAAGGACACUCCCCCAGAGGAGCUUCAAGGAAGCAUCAAGACGAGGAGGAGCAAGGAUAUUUAUGGUCUCAAUGCUUUCCGGUCUACUGAACCAGGUCACAGCCCUGGUGUUGGCCACUUGAUCAAGACCUGA